AUGUCAAAUUUGGGAAUUAAUUGCAGUCUGUUUUUGGAGUUUGAAGAGGACACUGAAGAAGCUGGAGGAGGCCCAGAUGGUGGACAGGGCAAGAGGAAGAGGCUGUUCUCCAAAGAGUUAAGAUGUAUGAUGUAUGGGUUUGGAGAUGACCAGAAUCCCUACACAGAGUCAGUGGAUAUUCUUGAAGACCUGGUGAUAGAGUUUAUCACAGAGAUGACUCACAAGGCAAUGUCAAUUGGACGGCAGGGUCGUGUGCAGGUUGAGGACAUUGUCUUUUUGAUCCGCAAGGAUCCACGGAAGUUUGCCAGAGUAAAAGAUCUGUUGACUAUGAAUGAAGAACUGAAACGGGCCAGGAAGGCCUUUGAUGAAGCAAACUAUGGAUCUUGAUGCAUUUGUAUGUGCAGAGAUGGUAACCUGUAGCCAUGUUUAUCCCUAUACAUUUUUAGCAUGUUUUUCAAUACUGGAAAAACUAACUCCCUACCGACUUCUAUUUGUUUUCGUGGCUUUUAGGAUGGAUCUCAGUGCUGGAGUGUUUGCCUAGGUUUUAGCAUUGCCAAACAAGCCUAUAACAUUUUGUAAACGUCUCUUAAUGUAUGUAUUGUCUUAAUGUACGUUUGGUUUUUUUU